AAAAAGGGCUAAGGACAAGCUAAUAUAUGUUUUCAAAUGCAACCGAUUAAAGAUAAGACACAGAAUUUAUAUCUGAAGAAGCAUCACUGCUUGUAACAUCACUGAUCUUAACGUUUUCAUUCCGCUCUUCAUCAACUGGUGGGCUUCUGUAUAAUGGAUGUUCCUGUGGCGGCCAAUGUCCUUGGAGUGACAGGUGCGAUAUGCUGGUCAGUACAACUGAUCCCCCAAAUCAUUAUCAACUACCGACGGCACAAUACCACUGGGUUGCAGCCAUCAAUGAUGAUGUUGUGGGCCUGGGCAGGCGUGCCUCUCGGGGUAUACAACAUCGUCGAGGACUUCAAUGUUGCGCUGAAGAUACAGCCGCAAAUCCUGAGCUUUUUGAGUCUGCUAACCUGGACGCAAUGCCAUUAUUAUGAAAAGAAAUGGUCUAUUCAAAGAUGCAGCGCAGUCGUCCUACCAAUUGCGCUCUUGAUGAGUGGUGUUGAAGCUGGUCUAAUUUUCACCUUGAGAUUAGCCAGGGAGCGCGGUUUCUCGCAGCCGAUCACCACCAUGGCCGUAUUAAGCGCAACCCUGCUUGCAGCUGGCGUCUUGCGACAUUAUGUGGAUAUCUACAAGCAUCGUACUGUGCGUGGGAUCAGUUUCAUUUUUGUUGGCAUUGACGCUGCAGGAGAUGUUUUCUCUCUGGUAUCGGUGUUUUUUGAGCCGCAUUUGAAUAUUCUUGGCAUGGUCAUCUAUGGCACAGAACUCGUAUUGUGGAUGGGGAUCUUCAUCUGUGGCGCUAUUUUCAACUUUGCACCAUGGGCCAAGAAAAAAUACAAUUCCUCAUCGACGUUAGAUCAUCGCACCCGUAACACUUCCCCUCGCCAAGAAGGCAUGUCUCCUCAUGCCAGUUCCGACGCUAUUACUGGCAUAGACAUGGGGUCGCAUAGAACAAGGAUGGAGCCAGUAACGCUCCACAAUCUGCCCUCAUCGACAUCAGUGUUCAGAACACCGUCAUCAGAAUUUCGGAAUAGAAGAAUAGAAUCCAGAUAGGGAGAUAGAUCCGAAUCAGGAAUAGACUGGAUUUGAUGACAAGUAAACAACCUCUUCUUGACUUGCAAUAUCAAAAGAAAUAAUUUUUGGAAAACUUGUGCCGAAAAUGCCCAAUAAUCUGUACAUUU